AACGGGUGUCGUACCAAUUUCGGGACGUCGCGUGGUUGCGUUGUUUUGGAGUUUUGAAUUUUGAACUUUGAUCAGCGCUCUCGGAUUGGGAGGUGAUUUGUGAUGCUUGAAGAAGAGGUUUCUGUGAAGUGGAGCAAGAUGGUUUCAUAAGGGGUUGCUUCAAGUGAGGGUGUCGGUAGCAGCGUGGGACUGACAAGUGCGUUCUAGAACGCUACCAGUUUUUUUUCUGGGUACAUUCAAGCGUGACAAGAAUUAUAUACAACUGAUGGGUUGUUCGAAAGACGGACGCAAGGAGGGAAGCGAUCGGCUUAAUUACAGUGAUUGUGCUUGAAUAGUGGAAGCGAACGUAUGUGAGAGAGUGACUGGCAGUAGUGUUCUUCAAAACUAAAUUCUACCGAAGCAAGUGUCAGUUCGAAGCAGUACAAGUUCCUGCCCUGAACAAGCUUCAACGGAUUAUUGGAACGGAAAAAUGGCACUGCCACCAGGACCGACUGCUGCCACUAGGUUCGUACGAACUUCUUCCUCCGCGUCGUUCAGCACGGUAUGAUACGUUGCCCAUACCUUCAUGAGAUGCAUGAACGCCUACUGGGACCAACACCGCGCCGACCGAUACCGCAUCUAGCAUCGCUGCCUCCGCUGGCCAAGCCGGAAAAUACCAACAUCAUGGACCGCGAAAGUGACUGCCUGCUCGAAAGUAGGCCCGAAAGCCGACAGAUCGGAACGAUGGUUAAGCUAAACCCCGACGGAUUCGGUUCGCACACCACACCGACACAUCACAAAACACCGCUAGUGCCUUGCAAUGGAACCGACGACGACGACGACGAUCACAACUGCAAAGUCGACGAGGACGACGCCGUCGGAGUCAGCGUGACGGAUUCCGACGACGAUGGAAUCUAUCUGCGGAGACACAUCCGAAAAAUCAUCGAGGGACGGAAGCCGAAGAACGCCAACGAUGCGUGGACGACCACCUUCUGGCAACCGAUCAUUGCCAAGAGGGAGAAGCGUCGAAGAAGGACGUCCCUCUUCAUCGUAACUAGUCUAGUCUACGCCAUGCUGCUGAUAGUGGUCUGCGUCGCGUACGUAAUCAGCGACGUGACCACCCAUCGGCUACCCGUCAUCUACUACGAAGGAUUCUUCACCUACCUGUACGGAGCGAGUAUCGUGUUCCUGUUGUACGUGUUCUGCUUCCUGUUGCAAGAAAGCACUUGCUGCAAUUCGAAGCCCAAACCACCGAAGGAAAAGAAACCAAAGAAGGAGAAAAAGCCAAAGAAGGGCGACCCGGAGGCCGGAGGUAAGGACGCCGGCAAGGACGGAGCAGCCAAAGACGCCGGAAAGGAUGGCAAAGACGGUGCCAAGGGAAAGGAGGAAAAGUCCGGCAAGGGAUCGCAAUCGGGCAAACCCAGCCCCUAUCAGGAAGUCUAUCCGAAGAAGAAACGCGAUCUGGUGCGGCAAUCGCAGCAGAGAUUGGCCGGUGGUAGUAGUGGUAGUGCUAGUAGAAGCGGCCAACAGCGAAGUCAACCGCCGCCGCACCAGGAACCGACACCGGACCCAGAAGUUGCCCUCUCACCACGAUGCAAGCGCAAGACCACGCAGGAUCCGGCUCAUGGCAGUUUCUUCCUUCGGGUUGGAGCUAUUGCUUUCGGGUUGGGAACCAUGAUCUACACCGGGCUGGAGUUUGGUUCGUUCUUCGAGAUUCCGUUCAAUUCACCGUGCCAUCAGAUUUUGCGAGGAGUCAAUCCGCUGCUGCAGAUGAUCUUCACCUUCAUGCAGAUGUACUUUAUCUUUAUGAAUGCUCGGCUCAACAUCCACCGCUUCAAAGUGCUGGCCCGCUUCGGUUUGAUGCACAUCGUGGCUACCAAUGUGUGCGUGUGGAUUCGAACCCUGGUGCUGGAGUCCCUGAAGGAAAUCACUGCCUACCAUCAACGUCGAGGUCUGGAUCCGGAGGACAACGUCAUCCUGGAGAACAUUCGUCAGCAUACGCUCAUGAACGCCGGAAUGGUCAUGGGAACCGAGUUGGGACCUCGUGAAGACACCGAGUGGGAACCAAUUAGUGUCAAUCUGAAUGCCCAGGAGGAUCUUUCUCAGGAAAGCAGCGUCCUUUCCAAGAUGAUUCAGAAUACUGCCAAGACCCUAGUGGAGGCAACGACCACGGCUCGUGCAACGACCACCACUUCGACGACGACCACAACUACAGCCGCCACGACUAGUACGGAAGCGUUCACUUCCACCAUAUCGACCACCGCAGCAAACCUGUUCGAGCGACUCCGUGACAUCGUAGUCACGGAGAGUUCAACCAGUUCAUCAACGGCCGAAACGGCAGAUUUUGAUUCGUUCUCCACAACGGCAUCGACUACGACGACGACAACCACCACCGAAGGACCUGCCUUCCUGGACCACUUUGCCGAUCACGUUGACUAUCUGCAGCGGAACAACAGCCUGGAACAGUCGUACGAACCGCUGGAAUCGCUAUUCCCGCAGGCCUUCAUGGCCGCAUCGACGGCCGUUUCCUCGAACUGUACGACCAUCAGCUGCGGUCGGGUCAACAUCAUGGGAACGAUCGUACAGGACUCGGCUCCGUAUCUCUAUCCUUUCAUCAUCGAGUACUCGCUGAUCGGUGCUGCCGUAAUCUACGUCAUGUGGAAGCACAUUGGACGAUACCCGAAGUUCACCAGCGAAGAGGAUCUGGAGCACCGAUUGGAGGUUAUGUUGUCGCGUCGUGCCGUGGUGAUGGCCCAGCAGGCUCGUACCGGACGCGUUGAUUGCGUUGGCGCUUCGAAGGGACUGUUCUUUGGAUUGUUGCUGCUAGUUGGAUCGUUGAUUUGCCUGAUUCUGUUCUUCGUGUUGGUCAGACAUCCACAGCUUUCGAUGCUUGCCAUCUACCUGGCCGAUGCUUCGCACUGCAUCCUGAUGGUGCUGGCCAUCUUUGCCAUCAUCAUUGGAUUCAUUCGCGUCCAGAAUCUGAAGUUCCGCUGCGAGGAGCAGAGCAACCUCAACGACAUCCUGCUGCGCAUCUCCGCCUUCGGUUUGUUCAUCUACGCCACCUUCAGCGUCAUUGCCGGAUCGCUGAAUGCCCUCGAGAGCGAACCGCAUCUGUUGGUCAUGGUUACCGGAAUCGUUGCCGUCGUCCAGGUCGUCAUCCAGUUGCUCUUCAUCGCGGACGUUUCCCGCCGCCGGGUCCACCUACCGGAGCACGAUCGCGUUAAACCGGGCCGCCAGAUUGUCACCUUCCUGUUGAUCUGUAACGUUUCCAUGUUUGCCAUCUACACGUUCGAGGCGCAGAAGGUCUUUGCCAAUCCGGUUCAACUGGACUUUUACGGCUUCAUUGCCUGGUCGUUGAUUCAGCGCGUCACUCUGCCGCUGUGCAUCUUCCAUCGGUUCCAUAGCGCCGUCACGCUAGCCGAAGUCUGGAAGACAACCUACAAAGCACGUCUGGAGUAAGAGGGAGAAGAAGAAGAAGAAGCAACAACAGCACAGUAGGCGAUGCGAAUACGCACACACACGCAGACACUCACACACAGCAUCUCCAUAGCAACGCAGGCGGCUGAUUGCCGUCGUAGGAGCGAAGCAACCCGAGGAGCACUCACCGAAUGCAAACGAGAGUCAACAAUAACAGAAAUAGUGCGCGAACGUCAUCCGAUCGCAUUUAAUGGGCGUAGGAAGAAGUAGGUUGGGAAUAUCAAGAAGUGAGUGCCACUUUUGUGUUUUUCUACUGUAAAGUUUUGUGAAAAUGAAGGUUUAUCGGUGUUUUGUUCUGUCAAAACGAUUCAUAGUGGUUUGUUUACUUUUGAGUUGAAUCAUUUAACGUUGCGUAAAGUAGUGCGAGUAUGUUUGUAUCGAGAGAUUACUGUACUUAAGUUAGCUAUUUAUUUAUCCAUUACCAUGUUAACAACAACAGGAUGUCAGUGUUUUGAUGAGUUUUUUUUUAAAUACUUGAAACUAGUAGAGGAAAUGAGAUCCCUUCAGCUGCUCGCAAGAGGAAACAGAUCUAAUUAUAAGCCAUAUUUUCAUCACGUUGUAAUAGUGUAUCGUAAACAUACCAAUUAAAAGAAGAAAAAAAAACAAAAUCCAGUAAAAUCCCUUUAGAAAGAAUCGUAUAUUGGUAGUUAUAAAAUUUGAAAAUUUUACUCAGAACAUAAAAUGCAUACAACAACACAUUUUCAACUCAUUAAAAAGAAAAACAAACUAAGAAUUAUUAAAAAAUGCGAAAAACAAAACCAACCGUAAAAAAAAAAGAAAACUUAGCAGUUCAGACUCCCGCUUCGGGGCCGUUCCCUGGAACGAACCGGGUGGGAUCUUGUUCAAAUCUAUGUGUAGUUGUUAGAUUAGUAACAUGUCACAUAUUUAUGCCGGAAACUGAACACUCACACUCACACUAACACAAAAAAAAAAACAAACAAACACAAGUAAAAGAAGAACAUUUUUUCCUCCAAAUAUUUGAGCGGAACUCGCGUUCCGGAAGAAGAACUCGAAACAAAAUGGCAACGACGAAGCGCAGUGUAGGAAAUCCUUUUUUUAAACAAACAGUGAGGAAAAGUAAGAAAAAUUUGCCCACCAUAUUUACAAGAAUAUUAAAAUAAAAAAAAAUCGUAACCAGAAUCAACUUGUGACACUAGAUUGUUGACAUUGUAAACCUACAGAAUCGGAACUGUCACUUUUUUCCGUUUGCUAAUUUGUAAAUAUUAUCCUCCGUUUCGAUCCACAUCGCACUGCAAUUGUGUUUCGUUUUCGUACUUCUAAGUAAUCGUAAAUGCAUGUUUUUGACAGCGCUCCAAACCCAUCUGACGGCGAAACGUCACUCGCGGUUUUUGACACAUUUGUUCCAUCCUAUAUAACACAUACUAACACGUGUACUUAUCGAGGACCAGUCUAGUUUUUGGGGAUACUUUUUUUCUUUAUUGGAAAAACUCGUUGAUUUAUCGAAGCUAGUCUUAGUGAACCGAAGGAAAUUUUGUAUUUGAGGAAACUAAAACAAAACGACUUUUUAAGAAAACCUAACUUUUAGAACUGAAAUCGAACGGCCAAAUUGAAUCUGUCGAAAGCAGGAGGCGGCGAGGGGUGUAACUUAAGAGAAAAACCUUAACGAAAAUCAUUCCAUCAGCUCAAAACAAGUAGAAAAUCGAAGGACACAACUCAAAAUUCAAUGUUUGUAGAACGUCUGCAUCCAUUUUCCCAUGCUCAGUAAUGAUGAAGGUAAAACAAUUAGAAAAUAGUGACAGUAGUCCACACAAGCCCAGGAUAAAAUAUGAUGACCCGACCAAAUCUGCUCGAUCCAAAACCGAAUGGAACCGCCGGGAAUGUUUACAACACUGCCGAAUUUUAAGAAUCACUCACACAAACACUCACACCUACAUGCGAACAGGAGAUCCAACUCAGCAAGCCAUGAAAGCAGCGACCAUUGUUUACGUUUGGAACUGUCUCUCCCUUCAAAAUAAACAUUGCAUUUAAAAAAAAAAUAAACAAUUGUAAACAAAUAAUCAAAAUUUAAUCCUUAAACUGAGAUGACAUAACAAUCUAUCCAAACCGGUGUUUAAACGUGAAAUGUCUAACUAGAACGAUUGAUUGACAACUGACGAACAAAAAAAAAAAACUCGAACGGAACGAUAUAAAUCUAUUGGAAGAAGUAAACUGAAACAGCAAGUUAAUAAGUUUUUCUACUCGUUUUGAACAAAAUAAAUUUGAAAAGUUCUAUUUUUAUACACAAACCAAACCAAAAAAAAAAAACACGAAGCGAGCAACCAAAGUUAAUAAACGAAAGGUGUUGAAUUUUUGCGUCGAUUCGAUCCGUUGUUUUCGGUGUGCAAAUAAAAGGUACAAUACAUACAAAA